AUGGACCCAUAUCAGACAAAUUUCGCAGCUCUCGGAGCACUAUGCGCAUUGCUUCUUGCGUGCCAGCCAACUCGAAUGGAAAAAUCGAAGCCAGAAUCAGGUUCACCGAAGCGGGCAAAACCAAAGACAUUCAAGAAUCCUCAAGCAGACUACUAUUAUGUUUAUGCACUUGUGAUGGGUGCGGACUGGCUUCAGGGGCCUUAUUUGUACUCGCUCUACAAAGACGAGCAUGGGGUCUCAUCGAGCGUUGUGUUCGCUCUCUUCACGACGGGAUUCUUGUCAGGCGGCCUGAGUGCUUACUUCGUCGGGUCGUUGGCCGAUAAAUAUGGCCGGAAAAAGACAUGCCUCGCCUUCUGUCUCCUGAACUCGGCGUCCUGCUUGUUGACCAUGGUCCCGAUGGUGCCGCUGUUAUUCGCCGGACGUGUACUCGGCGGCAUCAGCACUAGCAUUCUCUUCAGCGUGUUUGAUAGUUGGCUAGUCUCCAAUUUUCGGGAGCGGAGAUUGGUUGAGAAGGGGUGUGACCUUUCUCAGACGUAUGGGACCAUGAGCACGAUCAACAGUGUCACGGCAAUUGCUAGUGGUGUCAUGAGUGAUGUUGUUGUUUGGAUGACUGGCACGAAAAAAGCGCCGUUUCUCGUCAGCGCUAUUCUCUUGUGGUUGGCGACGCCGACAAUAAAAUCAAGAUGGGCUGAGAACUAUGGUAGUGCAGCUACUAAAGGAAAGAAAAACAACGAGACGACGAGUAUGUGGUCCAUCAUCAAACGCCCUGUGAUCAUGGCCCUCGCUCUGGCAAUGACGAUGUUUGAAGGGUCGAUGUAUCUAUUUGUAUUUUUCUGGGUCCCGGCCCUGAAGUCGGUUCAACAGUCAGCCGGAGAGCUGCCCUAUGGCUUCAUUUUCGCCAGUUUCAUGGCUUCUGUCAUGGCGGCCUCGCUCGCCUUCAACCUCGUCAUGCAGAGGCGACUGAUGAGGUAUUCGCGGCUCUUAGUUCUUCUUCUGGUUGUAGCCAACUUCGUCUUCGUCAAGCUCUCCAGUCCCAAGACGGAACAGUCCACCUUUUGGUUUUUCUGCCUGUUCGAGGCUUGCGUGGGGCUUUACUUCCCUUGCAUCGGAUAUCUGAAAGGUCGAAUGAUUGAAGAUGGGAUCCGAGCCAAGGUUUACAGUCUGAUGCGCGUGCCGCUCAACAUUUUUGUGGUUGUUUCGUUGAUAUUUGCGAGGGAAAGCGGGGAUUUCGGCAGGGUGUUUUCGGUUUGCUCCAUGUUCCUCACUGCGGCAUUUGGUGCUGUCUGGGCGGUAACGUUGAAUGAAGACAUUCCCUGA